UGUGUGUGUGUGUGUGUGUGUGUGUGUGUGUGAGGGAGGGAGAGAGAGCAAGCUGGGAAGAUUGAGUCAGUUCCCCGUCCUUCAUAUCAAAGCAGCGGAACCAACGGAACACAGCACACAAUAUGGGCCUAGGGUUGGGUCAGGAUGCGGGGGAUCCUGGAGACGUCAAGAUGGGGAAGAAACAGAAGAAGGAGAAGGAUCUCGAGGAGCUGAAGAAGGAAGUGGACAUAGAUGACCAUAAGAUCUCUCUGGAGGAGCUUAGCCAGCGGUAUGGAGUCGACCUCUCCAGGGGUCUGACCAACAAGCGAGCUGUGGAGCUCCUGGCCCGUGACGGGCUCAACGCCCUCACCCCUCCGCCCACCACUCCGGAGUGGGUGAAGUUCUGCAGGCAGCUGUUCGGCGGGUUCUCCCUCCUGCUCUGGUUCGGAGCCAUCCUCUGCUUCAUCGCCUACAGCAUCCAGGCCGCCACGGAGGACGAGCCGGCCAAUGAUAACCUGUACCUGGGAGUGGUGUUGUCAGCUGUGGUCAUCAUUACCGGCUGUUUCUCUUACUACCAAGAGGCCAAGAGCUCUCGUAUCAUGGACUCCUUUAAGAACAUGGUCCCACAGCAAGCACUGGUGAUCCGCGAGGGGGAGAAGAUGCAUAUCAACGCGGAGCAGGUGGUUCUGGGAGAUCUUGUGGAGAUUAAAGGAGGGGAUCGCAUCCCGGCCGACCUGAGAAUCAUCUUAGCCAGCGGCUGCAAGGUGGAUAACUCCUCUCUGACUGGGGAGUCAGAGCCUCAGACGCGCUCUCCUGAGUUCACCAAUGACAAUCCUCUGGAGACCAGGAACAUCGGCUUCUUCUCCACUAACUGUGUGGAGGGCACGGCCCAUGGCAUCGUGAUCAACAGGGGCGACCACACGGUGAUGGGGCGCAUCGCGGGGCUGGCGUCGGGCCUGGCCGUGGGGCAGACGCCCAUCAACAUCGAGAUCGAGCACUUCAUCCACAUCAUCACGGGUGUGGCCGUCUUCCUGGGCGUCUCCUUCUUCAUCCUCGCCAUCAUCCUCGGAUACUCCUGGCUGGAGGCCGUCAUCUUCCUCAUCGGCAUCAUCGUCGCCAACGUGCCCGAGGGACUGCUCGCCACCGUCACUGUGUGCCUGACCCUGACCGCUAAGCGGAUGGCCAAGAAGAACUGCCUGGUCAAGAACCUGGAGGCCGUCGAGACCCUGGGCUCCACCUCCACCAUCUGCUCCGACAAGACCGGAACCCUGACGCAGAACCGUAUGACCGUCGCCCACAUGUGGUUCGACAACCAGAUCCACGAGGCUGACACCACUGAGGACCAGUCCGGCUCUGGCUUUGAUAAGACGUCCCCUACCUGGACCGCUCUGGCAAAUGUGGCUGGGCUGUGUAACCGUGCAGUCUUCAUACCAGGACAACAGGAUGUUCCUAUUCUGAGGAGAGACACUGCAGGCGAUGCGUCGGAGUCCGCUCUGCUGAAGUGUAUUGAGUUGUCCUGUGGCUGUGUGAGAACCCUGAGGGACAGCAUGCCCAAAGUCGUCGAGAUCCCCUUCAACUCUACCAACAAGUACCAGCUCUCCGUCCAUAAGCUUGAGGACAGCCCUAACAGCCACCUGCUGGUCAUGAAGGGAGCACCUGAGAGAAUCCUGGACCGGUACCUGAAUAAGAUCCUGCAUCCUGAUCUCUCUCUCUGUGUGUGUAGGAAUCGGAUCCUGAUCUUUGGACUGUUUGCGGAGACGGCUCUAGCUGCUUUCCUCUCCUACUGCCCGGGCAUGGACGUGGCUCUACGCAUGUACCCAUUAAAAGUGUCCUGGUGGUUCUGCGCCUUCCCCUACAGCAUCCUUAUCUUCGUCUAUGACGAGAUCCGCAAGCUCAUCCUGCGCAGGCGGCCUGGCGGUUGGGUGGAAAUGGAGUCCUACUAUUAACCAUCACAACAACACACUUCAGUAUGGUGCUGCAUGUGAGGGCUUCAGGUGUGUGUGUGUGUGUGUGUGUGUGUGUGUGUGUGUGUGUGUGUGUGCGUCUGAAUGUGUGUGUGUGUGUGUGAGAGAGAGAGAGACCCACAUAGCAGUGGUAUUGUGCAAGGACACCAUACAUCGAAACAAACUGUAUUUGUGAAAAUAAAGAAUAAAUAAAAUA